UAUUAAGCCUUAAUCAACUCUUUGAUGUCGUAUUAUUAUAUAUAUUAUUCUGCAAUAUUUGACAUAAUUGUACAAAAAUCUCCAAAUAUAAGGAAAACACAAAUUCUAACAUGCGAAGAUUAAAAAAUAUAUAUAUAUUUUGCAAAACUGUUGCACGUUGGAUAUUUUAUAUAAAUAAAUGCGGGGUAACAAGAGCGGAUUUCUUUUGCGACGACUCGUUCUCGUGAACGCGCAUGGAGACCGAUCACGGCGCCCCUGUCAAUCGGGGAGUGUAGCCCCGCGGAAUGUGGGGGCGGGGCCCUUUCGUCGGGGAGGCGGGGUCUCGGGAGUCCUGGUAGGGCCGCCAUUUUUUGCACAGGGAAAAGAGACUGGUUUUGAAGGGAUCUAAUUUCUAAAAGUCGCCGUUGACUGGGGCUCUAAGGCUUUUUCUAACGGUUUCGGAACAAAUCCUCGUAACAUCUGAGCUCCCAGCCUGUACGAACUCGUGCGUAUUUUCUUUAGAAACAAGGAAAGGAACCUUUAGAGAACACGUCCGAAUACAAACAUUUUAAACCUAGGCUAGGAAUCCGCAGUGUGUGUUCUGAAGUAUUGUUUUGGUUGUGGAAGCUGCGACUGGGGUCUCACCCAGGUCCCCAUAUUCGCUAUUCAUAGCCUCCAGAGUGGAUUUAGAAAGAUACACCUCACCAUGUGGGAUUAACUGGUAGCCGUUCCCUGGUCUCUGGUGGUCUCACAUGAGUGGUGUCCAGACCGCAGGGACCCAAAGAGAAAGCUGAAUGGCCCAGGAGCCCGGCUCGGUCACAUGGCAUCCCAGCUGGGAAGAGGAGCUGGGGCUCAGGCCUUGUGGAUGCACUUAGAUGUCUGCAAUGACUGCUGUGGCUGGCAUGCCUCAGUGUUUCGGACUCCCUUUCUCUGGACUCAGUAGGACAAGAACUGAUCAGCAGAGAACGUCAUGAGCAUAGUCAUCCCAGUAGGGGUGGACACAGCAGACACCUCAUACCUGGACAUGGCUGCAGGCUCAGACAGACCUGAAUCAGUGGAGGCCAGCCCUGUGGUGGUGGAAAAGUCCAGCUACCCACACCAGAUUUACAGCAGCACUUCUCACCAUUCCCACAGUUACAUCGGCCUGCCUUACGCUGAUCACAAUUAUGGGGCGCGGCCCCCACCUACGCCGCCAGCCUCCCCCCCACCCUCCAUGUUGAUCCGACAGGGAGAGGUGGUACCCUUUGGUUCAGGGCCCCAGGAUGAAGCGUCCCGGGGCACCACGCUCAGCACGUCUGAGGACAGCAGCUAUGGGACCGACAUCACCCGUUGCAUCUGUGGCUUCACCCACGACGACGGUUACAUGAUCUGCUGUGACAAGUGCAGCGCCUGGCAACACAUAGACUGCAUGGGUAUCGACAGGCAGAACAUUCCUGAGACCUAUUUGUGCGAACGGUGCCAACCGCGACAUCUGGACAGAGAGAGUGCCAUCCUGCUUCAGACCAGGAAAAGAGAAUGUUUAUCUGACGGGGACACCAGUGCGACAGAGAGUGGAGAUGAAGUUCCACUAGAGCUCUAUUCCACCUUUCAACACACGCCCACCACCAUCACGCUGACAACCGGGCGGCUCGGCAAUAAACCGGCCGAGAAGAAGCGGAAAAAGAGCGGUGAAAAAGACUCGCCGGCAUCUUCCGCUCGCGCUAAGAAGGCAUUCAGAGAGGGGUCCAGGAAGUCCUCUAGAGUGAAGGGUGCCGCUCCAGACACGGAGCCGGUGGAGCACCCUUCUAUGUGGGAGAGUAAAAUCAAGACGUGGAUGGAGCGCUAUGAAGAGGCCAGCAGCAAUCAGUACAGUGAGGACGUUCAGGUCCUGCUGCGUGUCAAAGAGCAAGGCGACGGCAAGAACCUGGCGUACAACACUCACCCGGCCUCUUUCAAACCCCCGGUGGAGAGUCAAGUUCAGAAGAACAAGAAGAUCCUGAAAGCCGUGCGGGACCUGCCCCCAGACUCCCUGAUCAUCGAGUACAGGGGAAAGUUCAUGCUUCGACAGCAGUUUGAGGCCAACGGUUACUUUUUCAAGAGGCCUUACCCGUUUGUCUUGUUUUAUUCCAAAUUCGACGGAGUGGAGAUGUGCGUCGACGCUCGCAGCUUCGGCAACGAAGCUCGUUUCAUCCGUCGUUCCUGCACCCCCAACUCCGAAGUCCGGCAUGUCAUCGAGGACGGCAUGCUGCAUUUAUACAUCUAUUCCCUGAGGCCCAUCUCCAAAGGCACAGAAAUCACCAUCGGUUUCGAUUUCGAUUACGGCAGCUGUAAAUAUAAGGUGGACUGUGCCUGUGUGAAGGGGAACCAGGAGUGCCCGGUGCUGAAGCACAACCAGGAGCCCACCGAGAACCUAAGUUCUGGAGGUCGGCGCAGGGGCAGCCGUAAGGACAAGGAGUCUGUCCGCGACGACCAAGGCCAGAACCAGAAUGUGGCUUUGGACGGCGAGGGGAAGGGGAAGAGCAUAGGCGACGGCAAACAGAGGAAACUCUCCCCGCUGAGACUCUCCAUCUCAAACAACCAGGAUCCUGAGUUAUUUGAGGAUUUAGAAGACAAAACAUCCGUUAGCAAUGAAGUAGAGAUGGAGUCAGAGGAGCAGAUUGCAGAGAGGAGGAGGAAGAUGGCCAACCCAGCCGAGCAGUCCCAUCUACCUGUCGGGGCGGCUUCAAGCUGGAAGGGGCCAAAACUCAAAGAGACACGAGAGGAGAGGAAGAUGGAGGCCAUCCUGCAGGCCUUUGCGAGGAUGGAGAAGAGGGAGAAACGCAGGGAGCAGGCCUUGGAGCGAAUCGGUAGCGUAAAGUCGGAGGUAGGAGGCCGCAGCGACAUCAAAGAGGAGCCUCCGGCUACGCCAGAGACGGUAGAGUCUCCGUCUGUCAUGCAGCCGCCUCUUGAAAUAAAGGAGGAGCCCGGACUCAAACCAGCCAAGGUGAAAACUUCACGGAACAGGAAGAGCUUCUCCAGGAGCAGGACUCACAUUGGACAGCAGCGGCGGCGGGCUCGUACCAUCAGCACUUGUUCGGACCUGACGCCCAGCUCUCCAGCUGAGCCCGCGGAGCCUCCGGCCAGUGAGACGCCAGAAAGAGAGACGCCCUGUGCGCCGGAGCCUGAGGCGAUCCCCUCGCACGUCCCUGAGAGCAGCCCUCCUCAGAGCAGCUCGCCGGCGCCGGAGAGAGUCCGCACAGGAAGCAAGAGCUACAAAACUAAAAAGCACUUUGUGAGCGAGUGGGUGGGAGAGAAGCAGCAGGACCGCGGCGCCGUACGAACGCCAGAACCGGUCCCAGACAGGCCGCUGAGAAUAAGCAGCGACCCUGAAGUGCUCGCCACGCAGCUUAACGCCUUACCAGGCAUGACCUGCUCCUCGCAGAUCUACAGCACGCCCAAACACUACGUCCGCUUCUCCUCGCCGUUCCUGGCCAACCGCAGCCCCACCACGCCCGGCGUGCCCACCGGGAGGAGGCGCUCCAGGGAGCUGCCAGAAACGCCGCCGACCAGCGGCUCCUGUAAAAAGCGGUGGUUGAAACAGGCUCUGGAGGAGGAGGGCUCCACCAGCCCUGCCAGACGACCCAGCCUGUUUCUGCCCGGCGACGGACCGCUCAGCCCGUCCAUCAACGGAGACUCGGACAGUCCGCUGCUCUACAACGGCACCUGCUCGCUACCAGAGUUGCCCACUCCUUUGAAAAAGCGACGGUUGAACCCGUUGGACGCCUGCAUUUCAGAAGGCUCCACGCCCUACGCCUCCCCCUGUGCCACGCCCACCCGAGCGGACCACUCGGAGACUCCCACAGCACCCAGCGUGCUGAGCACGCCGCCUCGACCCCGAACAGAAGAACCCAGCUCAGAGCCGUCGUCCAAUACUACCCCGACACACGCACUUAACGCCCCUCAGGAGACUGAAUCUUCAGAGGAGAACUCGCCAGAGGUCGGUCAGAAACCUUCGGUGCAAGAGGCUGAUCGUCCUCCUUCGCUCGUCUCCUCGCCGUGUGUCCGGCCUCCCAUUUCAGACGGACUCUCUUCAGAAGUCAAAGUCUCUGUUCCAGAGAGCCCACAGCUCCCAGCUCCUGAGCCAGCGGACUGUGGAGAGGAAAGGACAGACGGUGGGACUGCAGAAGGAGCAAGCGAGGCUCCCUUAUCUGCAGAAACCUGCACUUCCUCUUUUUCGGGCUGGAUAAAAAGCCCAGACAGAGGCCUGACUGGACCAGCUGGUCUGAACUUCUCCCCAGUCAACUCGAACUUACGGGACCUCACCCCGUCUCACACUCUGGAGCCUCUUGCCGCUCCUUUCAGGCCGGAGCCUGCAGCUGGGUCUGCGGCGGGGUCUGCAGCAGGAACGGGCUCUCAGGCGCCGUUCAGCGAGGCGCAGGGACAGCUGUUCUACUCCGGCCCUGAAGAGGGCAGCUCGCUUGUCCUCUCCCGUUCACUGAAUGGGGACGGCGAGGGAGGAGGUUCUGCGCAGAACCCACCUCAGAGGAAAAAGGUGUCUUUGCUCGAGUACCGGAAGCGUCAGCGAGAAGCGCGGCGCAGCGGGUCCAAGACUGAAUGCAGCUCUCCCGUGUCCACCGUGCCGCCUUUGAGCGUGGACGCUUUCCCCGUGGCUCUGGAGACGACCAGCGAGCCUUCUCUACCUCCUGCUCCAUCUAACCCCGCCCCCAUUAUAAAGGAGCCGCAGGGCGGCGAGGAGACGGAGGCCUCAGCGGACAGGGAGGGAGGAGACGGGCAGUGGACGUCGUCCACCUCGGUAGAGCAGGCCAGAGAGCGCAGCUACCACCGAGCGCUUCUGCUCAGCAAAGAUAAAGACGCAGACGGUGAGACGGACGGUGGGGACACGCCGGCGCUAAGAGAGUGUGCGUCUCCGUGUCUCCAGAAAACGCCGACCCAAACGCCCUGCUCCCCCGGCCCGCAGCCGCAGCCUUCCGGUCGCCCGGCGAAGGACGAAGACGGCGACGUUCAGCCCUGGAUGGCGAAUCCAAACAACAAGCCGGCCGGAUCCAAGCCGGCUCCUCUGACCCCGACGAAGCUGCACCCCGCCGCCCCCCUGCCCUCCUCCCCCGUCCACUACCCAGGCUCCUCCCUCCUCCACUCCCCCAAGCCGCAGCCUCAGGGCUCGCCGUUCCGCGGCCAGAGGGCGCUGUUCUCCAACCAGCCUCCGUCGCAGCCCCAGCCCCAGGCUGGACCUGCCCCCUUCCCCCCCUACACCACACAGGGUGCUCCUCCUCCUCCACCCCCGCCGCCCCCGGCCCCACCCGUCUCCACCGCCUACUUCCCCAACCAGAGCCCCUCCCCCACCGUCCCCUUCCCCGGGUUUAAACCCGCCGUCGCCCCGUCUUACCCCACCGGGUCUCAGCCCCUGAUGCAGACUCUCCCCCACAGCGUUCACUAUCAGAGCUCGGCGGCCCCGCCCCCUCCUCCCCAAUCCGGACUGCCUCCUCCUCCCCCGCCUCCCCCACAGCAGCCUCAACAAGGCCCGGCUCAGGCCGCCAACCAGAUGCCUCCCGGGACCCGCGGAGCUCCUGCGUCCUCGAACUCCUUCCACGGCUCGGGUUACCUGAGCACCGGGUGGCACUGA